AUGCCCCGUUGGGAUCACAUAGCGUAUCAAACAGAAGGUGUGGACUAUUACAUACCAGUUUUAUUUAGGUAUUCUGCUACAUUCGAGCAGAAAGUGCCCUGUUUCGUGGGCGACCUCACUCGCGGGCUCGAGAAAUGGGAAAAAGAGAUACAACGAUACUAUCCUAAUGGAAGCGCAUUUUGGCUUCUAGGAAACCAUCCAAUUCGAAAAUUGACUGUGCAAGGAUACGUCGUUUCCUGGAAAUGGAAGUUCAUCGGUGAAAUAGAUUACGCUUUAUUUAAGAUCGACGAUUGUACGCGGGAAGCGGCUGACAUAGCGUCUUUACUACCUUGUAAAUGCUCGAAAAGCUUGAUAUUGCAAAACGGGUUGCCGAACAUAAAUCUCAGUGGCUGCCAACUCAAAAUGCAUGGAAGUAUGAAUAAGUAUCGAGAAUUGGACGUGGAGAGUAUCGAGGUUUGCACGGGCGUGCUGAAAGAGGUGGGAUUUUGGCGCAUGGCGAUGCAAUGGCGAGAAGUUUUAGCUGAACCCUGGGUGAUAGACGAGAAGGCCUUGAAUGAAGCGUUUCUUUCGCAAGAUGAGGGUUUGGGUCCCAACACUACCUACAAUUUCGUGCAUUGGCUUGAGCGUGAGGCGUACAAGAGUGAAAUGCAGAUAAGUGGGGAGGAUCGGCCGAGCGGCACCACACAAGAGCUACUGUUGCCAAUGGAUCUCGAUUAUGUCAAUAGUGUGGUCGCGGAUGGAAAUUGGUGCGGAAAUGAAGUUGUCGUUGAAAGUGCAAAUGAUAGAGAUUCAUCGCCAGUAGAGGCAAGACAACUUGCAGAUCCCGUCGUGGAACUGGUUUCUCAGAAAAGCGAUUUUUCGCUGAGCGAUUACCGCCGUUUGCUGACAGAAUAUUUGAUCUGCCAACGGAAAAAUGAAAUCUCGAUGCUCAAUACGUUUCGAAACCCCACACUAAUGCAGGUCUUGCGGUCUUUACUACGUGGAAAGUGUGAGAUUUCACGCAAGGAAGAAGAAGAACAACAACAAGAAGACGAAGAAGCCAGCCGUGUGUUCGCGCAGGCCGUUGCCAGGUUAGCUGAUAUGGGCGUUGCACGAGUUCUUGCUCAAGGCCGGAUUCUGAAUUUGCAGAUGUUGCAGUUCUGUUAUACACAAGCGUCUGCCAGGAUCGCUGUGCUGGUCGCUAUGCGACUGAACACAGGGGUGUUGGAUUUUGAAGCUCUGUGCAAUUCUGUGAACCUUUUGUACCAAAAACCGCUGAACGGAAUUCUUCUGGAUAUCUACAAACGAGCGCUGCGAUGUGCCACAGAAAAUCCAAACUCACUUGUACGCUCAUGGUGGAUCGAAAUGUCCAGUAGCAGCACUGCAGUGGUACAUUUUGUGCGGGUCGCGUGA